UGACAUUGACAUAAUAAUAUUUAACAGGUUGUCAAAACAAUAAAAGUAGGUGUAUUCCAAAUUUUUCAAAAGUUUUCUACAAAAUUUAGAAAGAAUAAUGUAAGUGUGUUUGUAGCUGAUCAUAUAUGUACUAGAAAACAAAUAAAAAUGUGGGAACCUUCGAACCUUGCUGAAAAGAAAUUUAACGCAGAAACAAAUAGACUGAUUGGGGAGGCACAACUCCACAGGUUUAGUUCAUUUAUAGAGCAAUUUGUUGAAGAUACUACAGCUCAGCAGGAUAAAUUUUUCAAUAAGUACAACGUAACUUCUCAACUAGUUGUGAUAGAAGAAAAAACACAUAGCAGUGAAUCUAUAGGGUAUUUAGUACACUCCGAUAACAAAAUUUUAAGUAGAAUACUAGCUACUUUAGGUGGGGUAUGCAAUGAAAUCAGCGAAUUAGUUUCUGAAGCUGAAACAUUGUAUCAACCUUUUGUAUUAUAUGAAGAUUCUGUAGAUAGAGCCUCAAGACAUGCUUCAGUGAGUAAAAUAUUGGAACCAUUACAGCAAAUACAUUUUUUUGUUAAACGAGUUCAUUCAGUAGUUAUUUUAGCAUUAAAAGAAAUGAGUUGUUUGUUAGGAAAAAAUAUAUAUUCUUCUGGUAAUUACUGUGCAUUUCCAGAAGUACUUCAUAAGCUUGGGGAUCUUUUAAUUUGUUUGUUAAAAUUUGAUGGUCUCUUGGACAUCCAGCUUCUUAAAGACCACUGGUUUUGGUAUCGAACAUCUAUUAGAAACAUAUCACACUCUAACAAGAUAUCAGUUGAUAGAAGUAAGGUUAGAUCUUUAGAUAAAAUGUUGCAAGUUUUUGAAAAUGAUCUGUUAAUGGGUCACAUUUUAAAAGAUGUCAUAGAAAAAUGUUUCGAAGACAAAUCUUUCUACUAUCAAAUGAAAAAUUGUACAGUAAAUCAAGAAUUACAUGCAUUUAUAGUUUUACUCUUGGCGGAGUUAGAGAAAGAUGAAGAACUUCAGAGUGAUAUUUGGUUAAAGAUGAACAUCUUUGUAAUUUUUUAUUUCACUAUAUUUGAGAGUGCUGACAAAAAAUUAAUAAAAAGAGUAUUAGAUGUGAAUAAGAAGCAUUCAACUUGUACCUUAAUAGGAAAUAUUUUGUGGUAUCCAGAACAGUUUUUACUCAAGCAUUUAAGUAUAUUAGAAAAAUACAUUGAUGAGAGGGCCAUUGAAAAUCAUAGACUGAAUUUAGUAAAUGUUAAAAAUAGUAAUUUUCCUAAAGAAAGCAGUAGUCUUUGUUUACAGGUUUGUUAUUUUUUAAUGGAAUUGGAACAUAUUUCAAAGCUAGACACAAAUAACAUCAAAGUUCGCGAAUUACAUGGAAUAGUCGCGUGUUUAAAUAAUGGUCUCAAACUUCUUAAAAAAAUUAGUUUUUCAGUACAGUGGACUCUAAAUUUACACGUUGAUAAAAACUUGCCAGUACAAAAAUCUGUUUUGCUGUCUAUUUGUAAAUUAGUAGAAGUCUUAAAGGGCAUUCCACUCAUUUUUAAGAAACAUAUGGUAUCAUUAACAUAUAUAUUUUUAUUAACAACGCAACAUCUCUCCCAUAAAGCUUUAAGUUUAUUAAACAAUAUUAGAAAACAAUUUACACAAGAAAAAUCAUACAACGAAAGGCAACUAGAUGUUCUUUCGUCAUUAAACCUUUGCGAACAAGUGUUGAGGUCUGCUGUUACUUCUCGUAGUAUAUUGGUAGCUAAUUUAUGUUUAUCAGCAAGUGGACUAUAUUCAAAUGAUUUAUCUAAGAUGAGACAUGUGUUAUCCCAACUAGAAACAAUUGUAUCAUUUUCUAGAGACUUACGAGAGACCAGUAGUUGUUUUUUUAUGUAUUGGCAUCAAAAUUUCAUGCUCCCAGUUUACUUUAAAAAAAUUGUAGAUUCAAAAGCAGAUUUAUCCAGGCAUUACUUAGUUCUAAAUGCUCUGAAUGAUUUUCGCAGUGAACUGUCACAUAAUAUUAUAAAAGAAUCCUUGUAUGAUCCUUUGGAGCAGAUAAUUGAAAGAAAUUUAAGGUUACAAACUCAUCUGCAUCUUCAAUUACCACCUAUGGAGCCAUUUGAUAAUUAUUUUUCUAUAAAUUUUAACAAAUACCUACCAGUGCCUGUACACGGUAAAUAUACGAAUAUAAAAAAUGAGGUUGAACAUCAUUUGAGUACCAUAUUUUACAAUCUUACAUCUGUGGUACUGCACAAUUGGAAAACUUAUGGAGAAAUGAGAAGGUUGGCCUAUUUACAGUAUAGUCUUGAUACUGUAGAUGAUAAUUUACCCAUUCAAACAUUAGAACAAGGAUUAGAUGUUCUAGAAAUUAUGCGAAAUAUUAAUGUAUUUGUAAGUAAAUAUUUAUACAAUCUUAAUUCGCAAGUUUUUAUAGAAAGAAAUAGUGACAAUAAACAUUUGAAUUCUAUAAAUAUAUCUCAAGUCGCAAAUUCGAUUCGAACUCAUGGUCUAGGUAUAAUGAACACCACAGUAAACUUCACCUACCAAUUUUUGAGGACCAAGUUUCAUAUAUUUUCACAGUUCAUUUAUGAUGAACACAUUAAGUCAAGAUUGAUAAAAGAUCUACGCUUUUUUUCAGAGCAUAAACUAGAAUUGAACCAAAUGUAUCCUUAUGAGAGAGCAGAAAAAUUUAAUAUGGGGAUAAGGAAACUUGGCCUUAAUGAACAUGGUGAAAGCUAUUUAGAUCUAUUCAGAAAAGUAAUAACUCACAUAGGUAAUGCUAUGGGAUAUGUUAGACUAAUCAGGUCAGGAGGUAGAAGAUGUUUAGCUGAUGGAACUUGUUUUAUACCCAAUUUGAAAAGUAAUUCUCUGAAAGAAGCUGUACAAAAUGAAGAGUUGCCAGAUCUAACAAAAAAAGCUGCAGAUGGUUUACUAGAAAAUUUACAGAUGUAUUUGGAUAACAUCGAAGAUGCCACUGAAUACUUCCAGCUGCUAGUAAAAGUUUUUGUUCCAGUAUUAAGGAACAAAGCUAAUAUUCAUUUAAAAUAUUUUUACGUCAUUGUUCCCCCUUUAACUGUUAAUUACAUAGAACAUUCCUUGAACUGUAAAGAACGAUUAAACAAAAGAAAUAAAACAGAGUAUACAUUUACUGAUGAUGGAUUUGCAUUGGGUUUAGCAUAUAUUGUAGAAAUACUAAAUCAACAUGAACAAGUUAACAGUUUGCACUGGUUUCAGUCUGUAACGAAAAAGUUUACCCAUGAUAAAGUCAGGAUCAAAGAGCAGAUGUCAGCUGCUGAUAAUUUUGAUAAUAAAUUACGACAAGCGCUCACUUUGACAGAAAAAAAAGUUGCUUUGUAUGAAAGGGAGUUUAGGCUUCUGUAUUAUGGAUAUAACAGUGCUAGAUUAUUUUUCCAAACAUAAAUUUGACUACAUACUUAUAUGAAAAUUAAAGUCUUAAUGGCAUCUAUAGAUCUAUAAUUAGAUGCAGAUAUUCAAUGUCUGGACACACGCCUUCUUUUGUAUUAUUCCAUUUCCCUCCAAUUUGAACAAUUUUAAUCAAUCUUUUCCAGAAUAUUAUUAAAACUUAGCUUAUUAUCUAAGCUGUGGUUGUCCCUCCCUCUCGAGUUUUUGAUUCCACGGUGCUCUACUUUGGUUGUGAAAUAUCUCAUUUUGUUCCUUAUAACUUGCAAAAAUUACAUCGGAAAUUUUACUCUUCCUCUUUAAAACGCAUUUUGAUUUUGGUUGACACACACAUUUUGAUCAAAAGAUAUCCAAUUUUUACCGUCAAGUUAAUACAAAUUUAUCGCGCGUAACUGAUAAACAGAAUCAUCGGUCACUUCGAGCGUUGUUUCUGAGAGAAUGGUUCAUUCUACACAUAAAGUGCAACACACAUUUUUGUUUAAAAUUAUUUCAGCUACAUUUUGAACCAUUUUUUUACGGCGUACAGAUUCUUCAGAAAUCGAUGUUUUUUGGGAGGGAUUUUAGGGAAAACCCGGGGUAGUAGUGGCAAACUUUGUUGCAUCUAUUUGGGGGUCCCAAAAAUUGACAUAGGUACAGGGUUAUUCACUAUAUUUUGACCCCCUGUAAACUGCUUUAUUUACAGAAUUAGAAAAAAAUGUAAAAUACAAAAGUUAUUCGAUUUUUAAAAUAUGAUUUUUGGACAUAUAUAACAUACUAGUGACGUCAUCCAUCUGGACGUGAUGACGUAAUCGACUAUUUUUUUAAAUGUUUUUUAAAUUCAAUUCUCUAUUCAGUAAUAUAAACAUUAAGAUAAUUAUUUAUACAGGGUGUCCAAAAAAAAUUUUUAAUUAAAUUAAUUGACACAAAAAAAGAAUGUAAUGUAAAUGUAUGUAAUUUAUUUAAUUUAAAAUACAUUCUACUGCUGUCACAAAACAGAAGUAAAUGUUUAUUGAACAAAUAAAGAUUACUUUUCACUUACAUUCAAUGUUCAAUCUGCCUCUUGGCAGUUUGAACAUUGAAUUUAAGCAAAAAUCAAUGUUUAUUUGUGCAAUAAACUUUUAUUUCUGUUUUCUAACAGCAGCAAAAUGUAUUUUAAAUUAAAUAAAUUACAUACAUUUACAUUACAUUCUUUUUUUGUGUCAAUUAAUUUAAUUAAAAAUUUUUUUUGGACACCCUGUAUAAAUAAUUACCCUUAAUGUUUAUAUUACUGAAUAGAGAAUUGAAUUUCCUUUCAAAUGAGCUAGCACACGACCCCUAUUCUCAUUUAAAAAAAAAAUGUCGAUUACGUCAUCACGUCCAGAUGGAUGACGUCACUAGUAUGUUAUAUAUGUCAAAAAAUCAUAUUUUAAAAAUCGAAUAACUUUUGUAUUUUAAAUUUUUUUCUAAUUAUGUAAAUAAAGCAGUUUACAGGGGGGUCAAAAUAUAGUGAAUAACCCUGUACACAUACAAGAGAUCCUUUUUUAUGGAAAUCAUUGUUCAAGCGACUAAAACAUACAAAUAAAUGAGUGACAUAUUUUUUGGGGGACACUUUUAUUUUUUGAAUUAAAUUUAUGUUUAUAAGGCAAAAAAUAACUGAAAUAUAAACAAAAUUAUUUAAUUAUUUAUACAGUAACCGCCACCCUACUAGAUACAUGGGAACAUUGAGCUUUUACAGUCCUGGACCCUUCACUUGUUUAUUUUAUGUCUAGUGACCUUUAGGACAUCAGAAAAUGUAUAGAAACUGAAUAUUAACAUAAAAAGUUGACAAAUAAUAAAUCAGCUGUAUUUGACGUUUAUAGUUGUCAUUUUGUUAAAGUUGUAAAAGUUUUAAAUAUUGUAAUAUUCUUGGUGUUUGAAUAAAGUUAUUUUAAAGCAUUGUAACAAUACUAUUAAUUAAUGUAUUUAUUGUAUGGAAAAACAAUUAUUUUGGAUAGUUUCUUGACAGUAACAUGACAGGGAUGAAAGUCACAUCUGAGAACGGAUCUUCCCAUGUAACUAGUAGCGUGACGCUUACUGUAAUAAGGUAAUCUACAAAUAAAACUAGCUUAAUCAUUCUUUAAUUACCCUGUAUAGAUAAAAACAAUAAAUUUUCAUAUAUUAAAGAAAUAAAUACAAAUUACAAACAAACAAAAGUUACUAAAAUCGGUCUAUGUGAUGCAAUUAUCCUAAUACGUUUUGUAUUGCUUGAUUCAAACGAGGAAAUUGAAAAAAUGUGAUAGUAAAAACUGUUGAAAGACUAAAGAAAACGACUGAUUUUGAUACAUGGAAAACAUUAACAGUUGAUUGUCAUCUUUGGUCCUUAUUUGUACAAGUGAAAAGCUUAAGUUUCGAAUAUUUUUAUGAAUAAAUAUAUAAUUAUUGUUAUAUACUAUUGUUGCUUCAAUGAAUAAACGUGCAAUGUUUUA